CAUCUGCCAGAUUGCCAAUCCGCCCCUGAACACUGUUGCUGCCAGACCACAUUUAUCUAGCUUUUGCUAUCCGCAAAUCUAGGAGAGGCAAGUUUUGUGUUAUCCUGAAGCAAUGUGCUAGCAGUCAACAUCUGGAGUAUCUUUUGUUGUUUUUUUACAGUUGCAAACCGUCAUGUUGUCCAGCUGAGGUGCUAGAGCGUCGCCAGGCACAGUCACUUGCUGGUCGAAAUCUUUUGGAAGGAGUAACAAUCGAAAUUUUGGAAGCCCUUGCACAGCACUUUUAUUGUAAGAUAUAUUUGGGGUCAAAAACUAACAGUUAGAACAUGUGGAUCAUCCAGACGGGCACCCCCGGGACUUCGCUAAUCGCUUUUUCCAGGACACGAGUUUCGACAGGCCGCUGACUCGACUGCAAAAUAUCUAUAGGGAAGAAAGGUCUCAAAGACCAGACUACCUGCUGAACUUUGCCACCAAGACAAACACGUUGGACCAUGUUGACCAUCCUGGCUGCCGGGUCUGUCUUCUUUCCAGGCCUGUAUGUGCUCUCUAAGCAAUGCCUCAAGUACAUCCCUGCACUGAGGUGGAGCGAAGGGGAUGCGGUCAUAGUGUCAGCCAGGUUAGUGUCCUCUGUUCAGGCGAUCAUGGCCUCCUCAGCUGGUUACAUCAUUGCCUCCUCCUGUGAUGACAUCAUCGAGGAUCAGCAUUGGCUCACCAGCGCCUACAUCCUCUUUGCCGUGCCCUACUUUGUGUACGACAUCUACGCCAUGUUCAUGUGCUACUGGUACAAGCUGCGCAUCAAGGGUCACGAAGCAGACAGCGGCGCCAAACCCCUGGGUGCGGCCCUGACCAGCUACCUGCGCCGCGAGUUCCUCAUGGUGCUCCACCACGUCGUCAUGGUCACCGUGUGCUUCCCCAUCUCUGUGUUCUGGCGACAGGGCAAGGGGGAUUACUUCCAAGGCGUCAUGUUCUUGGCGGAAGUCAGCACUCCGUGGGUCUGUCUGGGAAAGAUCCUCAUCCAGUACAAACAGCAACACACUCUCCUGCACAAAGUGAAUGGGGCUACUAUGCUGGUCACUUUUUUCAUCUGUCGAGUCCUCCUCUUCCCUUACCUCUACUACGUGUAUGGCAGGUACACGUCCAUUCCCUUCUACAUGGUUCCUUUCAACGUGCCCUGGCAAGUUAACCUGGGCGCAGCUAUGCUCAUGGCCCCCCAGGUCUACUGGUUCUCCCUCAUUUGCCGAGGGGCCCUGCGACUCUUCACUGGCUCUUACCGCUCCCGGAGGCCCCCGGUCACCGCCAAGGAAGACUUGGACGGACAGGCGCCGUCUCAGCCCUCCAAUGGGUACAGCACUCAUGCCACAGAGCAGAAGUCAGGCUCUCACUGAGAAGUGGGAGGGAGGGUGAGAGGUGGCAAAACUAUAAGGGGAGAAGAUGGGGAGAAAAAAGACAGAUUAGAUCCUGAAAACGUGACCGCAAUAAUUGGUGAGUACGUUUUAAUCAUCGAUUGCAAAUGAGCAUUUGACAGUGUGCGGGUAUCGUCAUGAUAUUGUUUUUAAAAUGUAUGCACUCACUAACUGUAAGUCGCUCUGGAUAAGAGUGCCUGCUAAAUAACUAAAAUGUAAAAUGUAAAAAUAAUAUGACUUAUAAAUGACUCAUGGCAGAAAGAAUGGUGAAUAUUAUUCCAGACACUGACAUGGCUUAAAGGGAUUCUGCAAGAUUUAGGUUGUUUUUCUCAGAGUCAGACAAACUCAUGGAAGCCAUUUUUAUGUCUCAGCGUGCAGUUUGGAGAUUAUUGAAGUUAGCACAUAGUUAGCUUAGCGCAAUUACGGUACUGCAAGUCUCCCACAGUAGCCAGCUCCUCUCAAAAACAGACCUUCAACAACUCCAAAGCUGGGUGGUGUGUCAUUUACAGUCUUAUGAAGCUAUACAUAGUAAUCAAUAUUUUAUACAUUUGUUAAUUUGACUAAUAAUCAAAAGAAACAAGAUUCUAUCCACUUCCUCAUGCUCUGUCCUGUUGUCGCAUAGAGAUGUAUAGAGAUCGCAGCAUUGUAUCUGUCUCAUUAUGGCAUCUGUGAACACAUGGGCAGCGCCAUUGACACAGAUACAACGUUGUGAUCUGCUGGUUAAUAUACUGGAAGAUUUCUAGCAAUUGUGCUAAGCUAACGAUAUGCUAACUUCAAUAAUCUCCAAACUGCACGCAGAGACACAUUGUUUAUUCAUGGUUUCAUCUGACUCUGGGCAAGCAGAAAAACAACCUAAAUAUCAAAAUCUCGCAGUAUCCCAUUAAAAAAGGUAAUACACCAUAACACGGUUGGGGUCAAUUUCAAUUCAAUAAAUUGAAGGAUGUUAAAGGGAUAGUUAAGUUUUUUACACCUUAUAGUCAGAUGGCUAACAAAAAAAACUAUGGGGGUGAUGGGUGCAAUUUGUCAAAGUUCAAUGUUGGUGGCUUAAAUCCCCUCAAGUUAAUACUGGCUAUUUAAACAACUGUAAAUCAUGGAUUACAGUUUCUCCUGGCCCAUAGACUAGUUUCAGUGUAAGGAACCAUCUGACUGACUAUAAGGUGUAAAAAAGUGAACUAUCCCUUAAUUGAAUUUACCUAUCAAUCAUUACAAAUAGGGCAUUACAUGGUCAAGGAUUUCUUAUUAAACUAAAUCUGAUAAACUUUUCACAUUAUUAUUAUUUAAUUUUAAGACCCCAAACCCUAACUGUUCUAUGUGCUCUUUAUCUUAUAUUUGUUGCUUUCCCGCCACAGAUGCUGUCAUGGAGCGCUUCCCGGAUGCAACAAAAGGAAAGAAAAAAUUUAAGAAAAAAUGAAUAGAAUUAAAUUAAGUUUUUGUUU